AUGAAGAUGAGACGCCAUAAGCUCUUUCUGACUCUCUGCAUGGCUGGUCUCUGCCUCAUCUCCUUUUUGCACUUCCUCAAGGCCCUUUCCUAUGUCACCUUCCCCCGGGAGCUGGCUUCGCUUAGUCCCAACCUUGUCUCCAGCUUCUUCUGGAACAAUGCCCCCGUCACACCUCAGGUCAGCCCUGAGCCGGGGGGCGCAGAGUUCCUUCGCACACCCCUGUACUCACACUCCCCCUUGCUCCAGCCCCUGUCACCCAGCAGAGCCAGCGAAGAGCUGCACAAAGUCGAGUUUGUGCUGCCAGAAGACACAACAGAGUAUUUUGUCCGUACCAAAGCCGGCGGCAUUUGCUUUAAACCAGGCACCAAGGUGCUGGAGAAGCCACCCAUGGGAGGGCGGCCGGAGGAGCGAGCGGAUGGCGUGGCCUCGGGGCGGCCAGCUCGCAAGCCACUGAGCGCCAGUGGGACCAAGCGGCGCAAGUGGGUAGAGUGCGUGUGCUUGCCGGGCUGGCACGGCCCCAGCUGCGGGGUCCCCACCGUGGUCCAGUACUCCAACCUGCCCACCAAGGACCGCCUUGUGCCGCGGGAAGUCCCCCGGCGUGUCAUCAACGCUAUCAAUGUCAACCAUGAGUUUGACCUGCUGGACGUCCGCUUCCACGAGCUGGGAGACGUGGUGGACGCCUUUGUGGUGUGUGAGUCAAACUUCACAGCCUACGGAGAGCCACGGCCCCUCAAGUUCCGCGAGAUGCUCCUCAACGGCUCCUUCGACUACAUCCGCCACAAAGUGCUCUACGUCUUCCUGGACCACUUCCCGCCCGGAGGCCGCCAGGAUGGCUGGAUUGCCGAUGAUUACCUGCGCACCUUUCUCACCCGGGAUGGAAUCUCACGCCUCCGCAACCUGCGCCCAGAUGAUGUCUUCAUCAUUGAUGAUGCCGAUGAGAUCCCAGCCCGUGAUGGCGUGCUCUUCCUCAAGCUCUAUGACGGCUGGACGGAGCCCUUUGCCUUUCACAUGCGCAAGUCACUCUACGGCUUCUUCUGGAAGCAACCAGGCACCUUGGAGGUGGUCUCAGGCUGCACCAUGGGGAUGCUCCAGGCUGUCUAUGCUACCGACGGGAUCCGUCUGCGGCGCCGCGAGUACUACACCAUGCCUGGCUUUCGGCAGUACGAGAACAGCACUGGACACAUCCUGGUGCAGUGGUCACUGGGCAGCCCCCUCCACUUUGCUGGCUGGCACUGCUCCUGGUGUUUCACCCCAGAGGGGAUCUACUUCAAACUGGUGUCGGCCCAGAAUGGGGACUUCCCCCGCUGGGGUGACUACGAGGAUAAACGAGACCUCAAUUAUAUCCGGGAGCUGAUCCGGACUGGUGGCUGGUUUGAUGGUACUACACAAGAGUAUCCUCCUGCUGACCCCAAGGAGCAGAUGUACGCUCCCAAGUACCUGCUUAAGAACUACCAGCGGUUCCGCUACUUGUUGGAGAACCCCUACCGAAAAGUGGAGGGCACUGGGUGAGGCCACUGGGGCUUGUG